AUGAGGUCCUCCAAGAACCGCAAGCUGUUUCUUGCCAUAUUAUUAGGCCUCAUCACAACUACCAAGACCCAGAUUUGCACCCCAGAGACAUUGUAUAGUUACGAUUAUGCCUACUACGUCGCCAAUCAAUCCACCCUUGAUAUUAUUGCCAGCGAAUGUACAAGCAUAAAUGGUAGCAUUCGAAUCUCGAACAACUACACUGGUUCUUUCUAUCUACCCAACAUCCGCAACAUCAGCGGUGAUAUCCAAUGGUACGCAGACCCUUCAAACAUGUAUGAGUAUAGGCACUCUACAGGGCGCUUUGAUACAUCCCCAGUGAACUCAAUCUCUCUUCCGGAUCUCGAGCACAUAGAUGGCAGCCUGGAUCUUCAGUAUCUCUAUGAUUUGAGAAACAUUUCGGCUCCGAAAUUGAGUAUGGUCGGUCAUUCGGUUAAUGUGGACUGCGCCUACAAUGUGGAUUUGAGGUCACUCCAGCAUGCAAAGUAUGCGUAUAUCUUUGGAAACAUCUCAAGCUUAGCCGUGCCAGAGUUAACCAGUAUUGGAGACUUGGAAAGCUCAGCAUGGGGCCUUGCACGUGGUUUUCAAUUGACAACAGACGGCGGACCACCGCUCAACGUUGCAUUUCCUCGCCUUGAUACUGUCUCUGGAACCCUCAAAGUAAAGGGCAACUUUGCGAGCGUCAAUCUACCCAAUUUGCGCCGGGCCUCUAGCGGCAUAAGCAUCUACUCCGACAUGGCCCUUGACUGCGAUGCAAUAGAAGAAGCAAUAUUUCAAAACGUAAGCAUUUCGUGCUUUGCCAAGGAGGAAGGAUCAGAAUCGCAUGGCCUCAGUGCUUCAGAAAAGGCUGGAAUUGGCAUUGGGAGCGCGAUUGCCGGCAUAACUUUUUUCAUCCUUAUGCCACUUUAUAUCCGCCACCGGCGAAGAGAGAAAGAGCGACUUAAGGCUGUCUCUGAGGUUGAGCUGAUGCCGCCGAGUUAUCAGGCUGCUCAACAGGACCGGCCAGCUCUGCCUGAGUACUCACCGGCUUGUAAAUCUCAAGCAUUCGCCUUAGUUUCGCAGACGAUCGCUAGGGAGGACGCAGGCGCACAUAUGCUGCUCGUGGCUGGCGCAGAUCCAUGUAGUGUCGGCGAGGAUGGAGCGAAUGCGUUUCAUAUGGCAGCGCUGAUUUCGAAUGCUGCUACUCUCCGCGAGUUACUUCCCUUCGUACCAGAUAUCAACUUGCCAGACCACGACGGCAAUACUGCGCUCCACCACGCAGCAAAUGAUGAAUGGGCUGCCCUGGGAGAAAUCGCGGAGCUGGUGCGCAUGGGGGCAAAUGUCGAAGCGCGGAACAAUAAUGGCCAAACUGCCCUGCACAUUGCGGCGGACGCGCAACGUUCCGAAACCGCAGAUGAGCUCGUCGAAUGCGGCGCAUCAGUGAACGCAGUUGACAAGAACGGGAGAACACCCCUCAACAUUCUAGUAGAUAGCUAUGCAGCAUACUUUGACUCUAUGGUUGGCAAGUACGAGAUCGGAGAAUCCUGCUAUUUUCAGCUACCGCACCUGUUUGAAGCCUUGAUCAACCGGAAACCAGACAUUUCGCACCGCGACUCCCGUGGAGCAUCAGCUCUGAAUGUUGCGCUUUUUUGGUACUUGCGGUGGGUCAAAAAGGACGCUUUCGAAGAGCCUCCACCACCGCAGUCUUUGAAGGCCAGGUUCGAAGCCUAG